AUUCUACAUCAUGUGUCCUUGUAGUUUGAAAGUUAUCUCACUGUGUGUUUGUCUUGUGCAGGGAGGCUCUGAGUUUGAUCUGCACCUACUGGAUUGUGUCCAGAAUGCCUAUGAAUGAAAUCAGCCUGCUCUGCCAAUAACAACGGAAACUUCAAGACUUCAAGAAAAAAAAAAGGAGGUGCGAGAGAGGCGAGAAACAGCACGGCCCGGGCGGCGAGGACACGCAGCCCGUAAAGGUAUUUCCUUCAAAAUGGAUUCUGCUGAAGAGACUGAAAAGUUUCCUGAUAGGCCAGAAUCGCCUGCCUCAUCCUGUGUGUCCAUGCAAAGUGAUGCCUCCAUGAAGAAUCGUAAUGACUUCACCAAGGAAGACACUGAUAGCCCAGUUAAUUUUGAGAAAUCAAACUCGCCUGCCUCAUCCUGUGUGUCUAUGCAAAGUGAUGUCUCCAUGAAGAAUCGUAAUGACUUCACCAAUGAAGACACUGAUAGAGACCCACGUGACUGUGCAGAGUCUGCUGUGAUGGAUGGAAAAGACAUAUUUAAGCUGGUGGAAACCUAUGCCAUGAGCAUUGUUAGGAGUGAGCUGAGAAGGUAUGAGAAGAUGCUCUUUCCUGAGAGUGAAAAUCAGAAUGAAGACAGUUUGACUUCUGAAGAUAAAAACCAAGACAGCAGUGCCAGUGAGGGGGUACUGAGGAUUACACUGCACGUCUUAAAGGAAAUAGGCCACAGAGAGCUCGCUAACAAACUGGAGAAACACAUUUAUGGUGAGCUUGAUGUCUGCCAACGCAAGCUCAGACACAAAUUGAGAAAGUUUGAAUACAUUUACGAGGGAGCAGCACAACACGGGAACCAGACACUUCUAAACAAGGUGUACACCGAGCUCUACAUCACAGAGGGAGUCAGUGGAACUGUCAAUAAUGAACAUGAGGUCAGGCAGAUUGAGGCUGCAACCAGGAGACCAGCAGCAGAAGAUAAGCCAAUCAAAUGUGAAGACGUCUUUAAGCCCUUGCUUGGACAAGACAGAUUCAUCCGAACUGUGCUGACCAAAGGAAUUGCUGGCAUUGGAAAAACGAUCUCAGUACAGAAGUUUAAUCUGGAAUGGGCAGAGGGAAGAGUCAACCAGGAUAUCCAACUCUUAAUCAAUCUUCCCUUUCGAGAGCUGAAUCUGAUGAAAAGACACUGCACGCUUACACAGCUGCUUCAUCACUUUCUUGUGGAGGCAAAAGAAUCAGGAAUUUCAGAUUUUGGCAAAUAUAAACUUGUGCUGAUAUUUGAUGGGUUGGAUGAAUGUCGGCUUCCCUUGGACUUUGAGCACAACGAGCCCUGCUGCAGUGUCUCAGAACCAACUUCAGUGGAUGCACUACUGACGAAUCUCGUGAAGGGCAACCUGCUGCCCUCUGCACACAUCUGGAUUACCUCCAGGCCUGCAGCUGCAGAUCGUAUUCCAGUUGAUCUUGUUGAUCGUGUGACAGAGAUACGAGGGUUCAACGACCCCCAGAAGGACGAGUACUUCAGGAAGAAAAUCUCUGAGCAGAACAUGGCAGAUCGGGUCAUCUCACACGUUAAGUCAACCAGGAGCCUCCAUAUCAUGUGUCAUAUACCAGUCUUCAGCUGGAUAUCUGCCACCGUUCUGCAGAGGAUUUUAGAAGAAGCAGAAGAGAAGACGGCAGAGGAGGACGGCGGUAAAAGAGAAAUGCCUAAGACUCUGACACAAAUGUACACAUAUUUUUUAAGGUACAACUCACUGAUCAGAACUCAGAAGUAUUCAGCAGGAGAAGAGGCAUCUGACGCACAGUCCCAGGACGGAAUUGAUGAAGGUAUGAUCUUGAAGCUUGGAAAACUGGCCUUUGAGCACCUGAUAAAAGGCAACAUGAUCUUCUAUGAGAAUGAACUGAUUGAGUACAAUAUCAACAUCAGUGAUGCUGCAGUAUACUCAGGAGUGUUCACCCAGGUCUCCGAGAAUGACUUUGGACUUCGACUGGGGAGGGUCUACUGCUUUGUGCAUCUCAGCAUACAGGAGUUUUUUGCUGCAGUGUACAUUUUUCACUCCUUCAUCUGCUUCAAUCAGAACUUGAUGGAACCACAGGAAACCACUACCAUCCAGGAGGCUCCCAGUGAGGUAACCAACCUCCUCAAGAGUGCGGUGGACAAAGCUCUGCAGAGUGAGAACGGACACCUAGAUCUUUUUCUUCGUUUCCUUCUGGGCCUCUCGCAGACACCCAAUCAGUCUGUCUUGAAGAGCAUUCUAACCACAAUGAGAAGCAAUUCGCAAAGAAAUGAGGAAAUUGUUGAGUACAUCAAGGAGAAGAUCAGGCAAAAUCCUUCCCCAGAAAGAUGCAUCAAUCUCUUCCACUGCCUUGGCGAGCUGAAUGAUCAGUCUCUCGUGGAGGAAAUCCAAAACUACCUGAGGUCUGGUAGUUUGGCAGAGAUUAAACUAUCAUCCUCACAGUGGUCUGCUCUGGUCUUUGUUCUACUGACCUCAGAGGAGGAGUUGGAUAAGUUUGACCUGAGGAAAUAUUCAAGAUCAGAGGAGGGUCUAAUCAGACUGUUACCAGUGAUCAGAGAAUCCAGCGUAGCCUUGCUUAAAGAAUGCAACCUCACAGAGAAAUGCUGCAAAGCACUUGGAGAAGUUCUGAGCAAUUCAUGCUUGAGAGAACUGGACCUGAGUGAUAAUGAUCUGCAAGAUUCAGGAUUAGAGCUGCUGUCUGCUGGACUGGCAAGUCCAACAUGUCAUCUGAAAAUACUGAGGUUGCAGUUCUGUGGAGUCACAGAGGCUGGCUGUGGCUUUUUGGUUAAAGCUCUGAGGUCCAACCCCACCCACCUGAAAGAACUGGAUCUGAGCUACAAUUAUCCAGGGCAACUGGGGAUGGAGCUGCUGUCCUCUCUACAGAAGGACAGUGAACACCUCACUGUCAGCUUAAAUGCUAAUGCAGAGUGCUAUUUAAAAUCAGCUCUGAAGAAAUACGCAUGUGAGCUUACUAUGGAGGUGAAUUCAGCCCAUUCACACCUGUCUUUUUCUGAGGACAGCAAAAAAAUGACACGAAUGGAAACGGCUCAACCAUAUCCUGACAACUCAGAGAGGUUUACAGACUGGGGACAAGUGCUUUGUAAAGAGGGUAGAUCUGCUCGAUGCUACUGGGAAGUGGAGUGGACUGGCAAUUGGACAGGUAUAGGAGUGGCUUAUAAAGGAAUCAGCAGGAAAGCUACAGGUAAUGACAGUGUCCUUGGCUACAAUGAUCAGUCCUGGAGUCUGCGCUACUGUAAUGGCAAAUACACUGCCUGGUACAAUAAGAAUGAUGCUCCUAUAUCUGUCCCCUACUUCGACUCCAAAAGAGUUGGAGUAUUCUUAGACUGGUCAGCCGGCACUCUGUCCUUCUACGCAGUCUCAUCAAAGGCCAUGACUCACCUGCAUACGUUCCACACUCAGUUCUCUGAACCUCUGUACCCAGGCUUCAGGCUGGGACAUGCAGAUUCUUCAUUGACUCUGUGCCAGCCAGAAUACCCUUAAAUACCCUGCCCCCUCCCUAAGAGGUGAGCCGAAGUACCCAGCCAAACGGCACGUAUUUCUGUAUAUUCAGUCACAGUUUGCUCUUCACAAACAUGACAUUCCAGGACAACACCCAUAUUAUUUGAUGACUCACUGAUGAAAACGGGUUUCCCAAGUCUUCUGACAGGGCCUCCCAACACAGAGCACUGGCACUUGCAUUUUGGACGUUGGACGUUGAAGUGUCCCUUCCAUUGUCCCGACUUUAUCCACCCCUUGAGGUCAGCAGUACUCCUCCACUACAUGUACAGUAUGUGUCAAACAUUGUUUAUCAUUUAGAAGUGUGUGUUCUUAUGUGUUUUAGCAGUUUGAACAUCUUUCCUGUGGGAAAAUGGUGCCUCUUGUUUAUUUGCACAGGAGAGAUGAUAUAGAACAAUAUACAAAGACAAAACUUUAUUCAGCAAUGCAUUGUACAACUGAAUGCAAAUAUGCCUUUAAAAUCAAUAGUACUAGAUUAUCCUGUUAGUUUAUGUUCAAGUUCGUUCACCUUAAGACAAAAAACCUCCAAAAACCUUUGUAUGAGUAUCACUGAGAU